AUGGAGAACUCCAACCCUACUAUUCUCAACGCGGCCGAUCUGCCCACCAGAAAUCGGUCCACUGUCAAAUCAGGCGAUUACCCCUCAGGCAUCUUUGCCGCAGUUCCUAACCCCGCCGACUUUCUUUCCUCGGAUUCCGAAGAUGACGACUUGCUGGAGGAGCCGAUAGACGAGCAGGAAAUCUACGAUUUGAUCAGGUCAAUCUCAGAUCCAGAACAUCCUCUCUCCUUGGGAGAGCUGGCCGUCGUCUCCCUUCCAGAUAUCUUCAUCAAGCCCACAUUGCCCAACGUUCCAGAUUCUCUCCUUCAAACUGUCACAGUUCUGAUCACACCCACCAUCACACACUGCAGUCUAGCAACAGUCAUUGGUCUCGGUGUGCGGGUGCGACUAGAGCAAUCUCUCCCUCCCCGCUUUCGACUCGAUGUGCGCAUCAAGGAAGGAACUCACAGUACGGGCGAUGAAGUGAAUAAGCAACUUGGAGAUAAAGAAAGAGUUGCGGCGGCACUGGAGAAUGGAGCACUGAUGCAGGUCAUCGCCAAGAUGAUGGAGACAUGUCAAUAA